AUGGCGUUCGGAGGAGGCCCCUUGAAGGGUGCGCGUUCCCGUGGCGGUGCACCGGGUAGGUUUCAGUCAGAGUCACUAUGGCGGCUGGCGCUGGCAAGAUCGGAAAGUUUUCUGCCUCGUCGGGCACAGCCUGAGGGUGUCCCACCGGCCGCGAGUGGUGGAGGCUGCGGCGGACCCAGCCCGGGGCCUCCAGGCCUCUCCCCCAACCUCCGGGCCGGCCUCCCUCCCCCACCUCCUCGUCAGCCCGGAGCUUCGGCUGCCUCCCCUGAGAUGCGACCCUCGCGGGGGCGACCCUAAAAGGAGGCGGCCGGUGUGCUGAGCAGCAGCCAGGAGCCCAGGUGUUCAGGGACCAACUUCCUGCGGGUCGAGACCCCGGAGCCUCCCCCCGGGUCGCGCCUCGCUCGGUCCGCACCCUCCUGCGGAGCCGG